AUGUCAACUUCAUUGGAAAGUUAAAUAUUAUUGGCAAUUUGGACUAUGUAUUAACGCAAUCAGAUUUCAAUGGAAUAAAAGGGAUGCAUAAAGGGUAACUAUCAAAUUUAUCAAGAUUUGUUAAUUAGAAAGGAUAAUAAUUUAUACUCAACUAUUUGUCAUUGCAAGAGAUAAGAUCAAAUUGAGGAAAGGUUACUUGACAUUCUGAAUUGUAUUUAUCAUCAAUUUGGUUUGAUUAGGGUUCUCCAAGAGAUAUGGAUGCUGAAGAAAACUCAUAUCCAAUUUUCAGAUUAAGCAAUUAAUCUAGUUCUCCUACAACUACCUUAUCCUAAUGUCAUUAUCCUGAGAAAAGGUUUCGAUUUAAGAGUUCAAAUAAUGAAAGCGACCCUUCUUAGAAUAUCAUUAAAAUUCGAUCUAGCUCUUAUCAUCAUAAAUGAAUUUUUAUUUUUAUAUAAUCAUCUCAAACUUUAACUAAAUCCGAUAUUCAUUUUAUGCAUUAUCCAAAAAGCCAUACUAAAUUAAUCGAUCACUGUAUUUAGGAUUAUUAAUUCUUAUUCUAAUUAUUAUUAGUUGUUUCGUAAUCAUAUUUCUACACUAUUUAUGUUCAAUAUAAACAACUUCUUUUAUCAUAGAAUUAUAUAUCUAUUCAUAAUAAGCAAAUAAUGA